CGACUGCGGUGCGGAUAUUGGUUUUCGUGCAGCACACCGUUCUCGUAUUACACCUAACGCACAGUCUGCCCGUUCUCAUGCAGAUGUUCUAACUGGAGCCAUUCAUAAAGAAGUUAUGUUGGGCCACACAGUGGGCCCAUUUUCUCAUCCUCCCUUUAUUAAUUUUGUCUGCAGUUCGUUAGGUGUGCGUGAGAAACGCACUGGUGGGCAUCGUAUAAUUCUCGAUCUUAGUCGGCCUGUAGGUGAUAGUGUUAAUGAUGGCAUCAGUAAAGAAGAUUAUUCACCGACUUAUUGUUCUAUUGAUGAUGCGAUUCGGAUUAUCAUUUCACUCGGGCCUGGAUGUCUAUUAUGUAAACAAGACAUUAAGCAUGCCUUUCGUUUAGUUCCCGUCCGUCCUGAAGAUUAUCAUCUUUUGGGUUUUAAGGUCGCUGGUACCAUGUGCAUCACUCGAUCCAGAUCCUAUUCCCGAUUUGUACAGCGAUCUACUAAUACGUUAGUUAAUCAUCUUAUCCUAAACCAUGUCUCUCCUGCUACCCGCCGCGCUUAUAACUCUGCUUUGAAUCAGUUCAUCAAGUUUUGUCGUUGUAAGAAAGUUGCUUUUUGUCCUGCUUCUGUUUCUACGGUAUUAGCUUUCAUAGCUUUCCAGUUUGCUAAAAAACGUGCGUUGUCCACCGUUCGGGUUUAUCUUGCUGCCAUUUCUGAUCUGCAUUGUGUGAAUAAUUUGCCUAAUCCUGUGGAUAAUCCUUCUUGUACAUACGCAUUUAAAGGAUAUGCGCGACUGCAUCAGCAAAUUGUUGAUUCUAGACUUCCUAUUACGCCAAAUAUCCUUGUGCUGAUUAAAAAUCAGCUGGUUGUGUCAUCAUUGUGUGAGUUCGAUAAAAUCAUAUAUUGGUGUGCGUUUGUUAUGAUUUUUUGUGGUUUCUUGCGAAUUGGCGAACUGCUGGCAUUGAAUUUUGAAGAUAUUUGUGUUGCUAAGGAUUCAUCCCUGGUCUCUUUUCGAUUAUCUCAUUCCAAAACGGAUCAGCUUCGCCGUGGACAUUGGGUUCACUGUGUUCGCGCCUCUGGCUGCAUUUGCCCUGUUCGGGCUGUACAGAAAUGUCUGCGUGUUCGGUUUGCGUCAGGUGCACAUUGUGGUCGAUUAUUUGUGGACAGUGCUCAUCGCAUAAUCUCCCGUUCCAUGUUUCUGUCGGUCCUCAAGUAUUGCCUUAGGAAUCACCCGAAUGUUAGUCGGUUCAAUACACACAGUUUUCGAAUUGGUGCUGCGACUACGGCCGCCAGGAGAAAUGUUCCUGCUUAUCGGAUCAAGGAGGCUGGGAGAUGGAAGUCCGAUUGUUACCAGCGUUAUAUCCGUGAUGUGCACGUGAAUCCUGCUCUUUUUUGAUGUUUUUACUGGUCGCUGAUGUCGUUCGUGCUGUUGUUGCCGGUUCGUUGGGGGUUGGUUGUUGGGGGCUGACGGGCCUUUGCCCAGAUGUCUUCCAGUUCCGGCAACACCACGCUAUGUUUGUUCGUUUAAGCGCCCACAAUUAACUGCUCUUACAAAACGUUUUUAACAUCUGUUUUUGCACAAAGCACGUGAUCUGCGUGUUGAUGCGUUAGGACAACUCGAAAUAUGGAACACUCGUGAUUGCCUCCUGAAUCCAAAACGUGAGAAGUAAUCUGAAUUUUAGAUAAGAGUAAGACCCGUAAUUAUUUGGUCGACCAGCGAAUAUUAAGAUCUUUCAUUACAGCCGUAAGCGAUAUAACACGGAUCUUUAAUCGGAAACAGGACGGCAGCAGAACGCUAAACAGAAUUUCUUUACGUUGUUAUCUCAAGUUUCAGUAAUUAAUCCCAGUACUUCUG